UGCGAUUGACCGUCUCAUCUAACAUGAUCAUAACCACAACCCAUCACAUCCACCCCAAGCUAACCAACUGACAACCAUCCUCGAAACCACAAGAAUGACUUUCCUAGCUACCUUUAUCUCCCUCCUCACCCUCCUAGCCCCUGCCCUCUCCGCUACGAACUGCAGCACCGGCGCCUUCACCGUCAUGUCCAUCCGCUCCGGCACUUUCAUCCAAAACCUCCCACUAACUGCCGCUGACACCAACUUCUACCUAGGAGGCACGACCUCCACCGCAUGCCCGGAGGACGUAGCUGAAUACAACGCUUGCCCACCAGGCGAUGAAACCGUGAUCGACUACGGCAACUACCUGAGCUCCGGGUACGUCCAAGAAAUCUACGUCGACCCCACCGGCGCAUUGAAGUUUGUCGAAGCGCACACGACAUACAUGGACCCUGGUGCGUCGACGAGCACGUUCUGCUACACGCCGGGUACAAGCUAUGGACAGUGGAAGUAUACGGGCCUCGGGGCGACGGGGUUCAUGGCUUGUCCGUUGGAUGAGGAUGAGGAGGUGAACGGGGGUGCGUGGCAGGUCUUUGCGGCCAUGAAGAAUGCGACGGUGCCGUCAGGGAAUGUGAGUGAUUGCUUGGGGUUUGAGGCUCUUGCGUAUCCGUGGGUGUCGAAUGGGAGCUCGAUUGCGGCGUGGCAGUAUGAUUGAUUAAUUCAUGAUUUCUUUGAUGGGGUGGUGUGUUGGGGAGGGGUUUGAGAGAGCUAUAGUGUAUUUAAGUUGAUUGUGUCGCUUCUGGGGUUCAAAGUUAGUGCUACGGGG